GGCGAAACCUUCUCCUUCCAUGACUAGGUAUCCGGAUGAAUACGGUGGAGAUUAUAUGGCAACUGUAGAAGUCAUUCACCAGCUCCAUUGCAUAGACAUGCUUCGCAGAGUCAGCUGGGGUGAUCAUUCCUCGGGACAUGGCGCCCACGAAUCCCCCGGAGACUUCCGCAUUCAUCUCGACCACUGCAUCGAAAUGCUCAGGCAGAACAUUAUGUGUCAUGCCGACGUGACAAUGCUCACAUACGACUGGGUGGAGGGAGUCAAAGAUCCUUUCCCUAAUUUUAGAAUCCCUCACCGAUGCAGAAACUUCGAGAAGGUCUUAGAUUGGGUUGAUGAGCAUCGUGUUGUUGUUCCUAAAUCCAAGAUGGUCCGCUUGGAGGGUAACGUGGACCUGCCUUCCCCUCCCUGAUUGCAGUCUCGAUGUAUUCUCACGGCUCUCGCGUAGAUCGCGAUAUGACGAAUGUAGCAGAGCCAACAUGUUGAAAAGUCGGAUGGAAAUAUUAUCUCUGCAGAAUGAGUUAAUAUUGUGAUCAUUUUGACAGCGCUCCCACAGUUUUCCCGAUAUUCCAUUAAUGUAGCUGCAACGGCGCUAGAAAUGCCGCAUGCGCAGCAACAAGCUCUGAAAUGGACUCGUCGCUGCAUCCCCGUUUAAGAACU